AUGUCCUCGUCAACUACUCCACAGAUGGCAGGCGGACCAAUCAUCUCGAUUUCAGAUAUGGACAACUUCAUGAAACUAGGCGAAUCAGCACAAUGUGCAAGAAGUCAAAGACCGAUAAAGAAGACCUCCUCGAUGGAUUUUGACCUCCUUCGAGCAUCCGGCGAUGCCGCCCGUAGACGAAGAGGAAGUACUGCUUCCCAAGGAUCAACUUACGGAUCAAUUUCGUACAGCCCAGCAUCAUCCAGUACUAGAUCUACACCUUUUGCGAGUCCUCUAUUACGACCUAUGGAUACAUGCGAAUCACAAUACGACAUCAUGAUACCAGUUCAUCUACCAAUACCUUGGGAGAUGACUACUCCGUGUCCACCAUCGGAAUUCAAUGGGCGAGGAUUAAGGGGGGGCGGGGAUUCAUUCAUGGGGUUGCACGUUAAUGUUGGAUCUCCAUUUGAGAUUCAUUCGCCUUUUGAAAUUGGAAUGGCUUCGGAGUUAAGAAUCAUUAAUAUGGAUAGUUUUUAG